AUGAUCAUUCUCACGACGCUCAACAACAUGGGAAUUCCCGUGGAAGGCUGGCACAUUCUUGCUGGCCUGGCCAUCCUUGCUGUCAUCACAGAGAUCUACGUUAUUGGGUCACAACUUCUGGCUCGACGAAACAAGACUCUGGCCCCUAUGGCCUUCUACUGGAUCCCCUGGGUUGGAUCAUCUAUCCCCUAUGGUAUCGAUCCCUACGAGUUCUUCGAGGACUGCCGAAACCGUUAUGGUGACGUGUUUUCCUUCUACAUGCUUGGUCGUGUCAUGACCGUGUCUCUGGGCACUAAGGGCCACGAGUUUGUCUUCAACUCCAAGCUUGCAGACGUGUCUGCGGAGGAGGCUUACACUCACCUCACCACCCCUGUUUUCGGCACCGGUGUUAUUUAUGACUGCCCCAACUCUCGACUUAUGGAGCAGAAGAAGUUUUGCAAGGGUGCCCUCACUCGUGAUGCCUUUCGAUCCUACGUUCCCAAGAUCGUUGAGGAAGUCACCAACUUUUUUGCAGUUAACUUUGAGGGUAAGACCGGUAAGGCAGAUGUCAUGACCACUCAGCCUCAGAUGACCAUCUUCACUGCCUCUCGGUGUCUGCUAGGUGACGAGAUCCGAUCCAAGCUUAACGGUGACUUUGCCAAGCUUUACUCCGAUCUUGAUAACGGCUUCACUCCUAUUAAUUUCGUUUUCCCCAACCUUCCUCUGCCCUCUUAUCGAAAGCGUGACCUCGCCCAGCAAAAGAUUCGUGAUACAUACAUGUCUGUCAUUCAAAGACGACGAAUGGAGAAGGACGUCCAGGACCGUGACCUCAUCGACGCUCUGCUCAAAAACCAUACUUACAAGGAUGGUAAGCGAAUGACUCCCCAGGAAAUUGCCCACCUCCUUAUCGGCGUUCUAAUGGGCGGUCAGCAUACCUCUGCUUCAACUUCUGCUUGGAUGCUUCUCCGACUUGGUCUCGACCCUGCUAUCCAGGAUGAACUCUACCAGGAGCAAGUUGAUAUUCUUGGUGAGGCUGACGGAUCAUUCCGACAGCCUACAUACGAGGACAUUCUGACUAUGACCAAGCUGCAGAAUACCAUCAAGGAGACGCUUCGUCUGCAUAUGCCCAUCCAUUCUAUCUUCCGACAGGUCAUGCGAGAUCUGCCUGUCCCCGGUACCUCGUUUGUCGUGCCCAAGGGCCACUUUGUCAUGGCCUCCCCUGGUUACUCACAGCAGGCCGAGCGAUACUUCCCCAAUGCCAAGAAGUUCGAUCCUCGUCGAUGGAUGACUCCUACAGAGAAGAUGGCCGAGUCCGAGACCGACGCUGAGGCCGGCGAGACUGUCGAUUACGGAUUUGGUGCCAUCUCCAAGGGUGUCUCCUCCCCUUACCUUCCCUUUGGAGGUGGCCGACACCGAUGCAUUGGCGAGCAGUUCGCCAACUGCCAGCUCACCACCCUCAUGUCUUGCUACAUUCAAAACUUCAAGUGGACCGUCCCUGAGGGCUCAAAGCUUCCUGCUGUUGACACCACUUCCAUGAUCACGCUUCCUGUCCAUCCCUCCUAUAUUGUGUGGAGCAAGCGAGAGCGUAACUAG